UAGUGAAGCACCCAUCCUUUUGCAGGAUUUACUCACAAAAGCGGUUAUUAAAUUCCAUCGCCUAUUACUAUUUCCCUUCUUCUCUGACACAGUUACUCCGCCACCACCCUUCCACCUAACUUUUAAACCACAUCAAAAAUGAAUAAAAAUCGAAUUUUGGAGAAAAGAGAUGUCCCCACUUCAUUAGAUUUCUCUGCUAUUAGGUUGAUUUGAUAGUUGACAAUCGAUCCUGUUUUCUAUGUAUAAAUCAUGAAGUCACUACCCGGAUUCUCUACACAAUCGAAUUUGGUCCAAUUCAACGCAACGAGGCGGAUUUACAGUGAUAGCCGUGAAGGGUGUUGGAACUGAAGCACCGAAUAUGGGUGAGAGGGAAUUCAAGUCAUGUGAUCGAGAUGAUGUCUCGCAUCUUUCUCUUCAUAUAGGAGGUUCGCUAAUAAAGAUGGUUUACUUCUCAAGUGGCUCUAGCUCCCCCUCUGAUGAUCAGAAAGACAACUAUUUAAAAGAUGGAACUAACACAUCCAUUGGCACCUCCAAUCAUAAUGGCCUAAGAGGGAAACUUCACUUUCUGAAGUUUGAAACAAGCAAAAUCGACGAAUGCAUCAAGUUCAUAUCUUCCCAGCACCUUCAACACAAUGGUGGUCAGGAUGAUAAGGACCUUGCCUGUGAGGAAAACAUUAUUAAGGCCACGGGUGGCGGGGCAUUUAAAUUUGCUGAUUUAUUCAAAGAAAAGCUAGGUAUUGUUCUGGACAAGGUAGAUGAAAUGAGCUGCCUUGUUGCUGGAGCCAAUUUCCUACUUAAGGUAGAUGGAGACAACAAAUUUGAGCGAGUCAGCGGAACAAGUGUUGGUGGCGGCACAUUCUGGGGUUUGGGAAGACUUUUAACGGAGUGCCAAAGUUUUGAUGAGCUGUUAGAAUUGAGUCGCCAAGGAAACAACAGAGUGAUAGACAUGCUUGUUGGAGACAUAUACGGUGGAACAGAUUACUCGAAGAUUGGUCUUACGUCAACAACAAUUGCUUCGAGUUUUGGCAAGGCAAUAUCUGCAAACAAAGAACUUGAUGAUUACAGACCUGAGGAUGUAGCCAGGUCCCUACUAAGAAUGAUCUCAAACAAUAUUGGACAGAUUGCUUACUUGAACGCAUUAUGUUUUGGAUUGAAGAGGAUAUUUUUCGGAGGAUUUUUCAUUCGAGGACAUGCAUACACAAUGGACACACUUUCAGUAGCAGUUAAUUUCUGGUCGAAAGGUGAAGCAAAAGCUCUAUUUCUGCGGCACUAAGGGUUUCUUGGGGCACUGGGAGCUUUUAUGAACUACAAGAAAAAUGGAUUUACAGAUAUCACUCAUCAAUAUAUGGAACAAUCCUGUGAAAUUGCACAAGAUUUGGUCUGCAAAGAUGAAGAUAUUUAGUGAUGUGUUUCUCAGCACCAACACAGUAAAGUCGAACCUAACCCCAUAGGUGUCGGUAGAAUGUAUUGACACUACUUGCUGCAGUGCCGAGUUAACUUUGCACUUUGCAGUAUCGUAUAUUAACAUACAAAUCCCAGGGAUUUAAGAUUUUCAACCCACACCCUCUAUCUAGUUUAUUGGAGAGGGAUCAUCACAUGUAGUUUCUUCUUGUUGUUAUACUAUUAUCCACAGAAUAUUACUGUAUGUAUCCUUAGUCAGAAAUUAUCUGACUGGCGAUGAUUGAUGCUAUUCUCAUUA